AUGGCUUCCAAGCUAAUUCAUCGUCUCGUCCCGGCUCCAGAUCUAGAUCACCCCGUGUCCGCCAAUUCGGCGCUGUCCCCCCCACCGCCGCAUUCCACAAACCCAUCUGGCAUCCGUGACAGUUCACACCUAUCGGCUCCACUGCAGUCGCCUUUCCCAUCACCAGGUGUGUCGACUCGCUCGGCUGCUGGAUCACCUGGCCGGCCAACCUCUUCCGGGAACCGCAGCGUCGCUCCCAACCAAUCGUCGACGCUCCCUCUUCUCCCAAAGUACCGUGGUGUUUUGGACUCAUCCACCACUUCCCCGGAGGACAAGAAGGCAGAGAGCAGUAUCUACUAUACCACAGCCUGGGGUUCGCCGUAUGCUGCGCCGAGCCCGCGCAGACUCUCGUGGUCAUUAAGUCAAGACGCCAGUGCUGACCGUGAAUCCGGGGAUAGCUCUCCUGUCUCGAUUCAAUUCGGUCUCGAGCCCAACAGGCCUGAUAUACUUCGCAACCUUGAACCGUCGGUGAAGGAUUUCGGUGACGGUACUCUCGAACGCUCUCCAAAACGAGCGAGUAGAAGAGGAAAGUCGAUACAGGAUUUCACACAAGAUUGGAUCAAUCAAUACCUUACCGGUCAGCCGAGAACUGAACGAAGCAAUUGGUUGAGUGACGACUCCGGUAGUGAAGCUCCCUCGUUCAUUACGGCCGCGAAUCAUUUCGCCGACGACGCAUCAGACGAUUGGCUUGGUCUUGAAAACGACUCUCGCGACCAGGAUAUAUUGAAGACCCCAACUCUGUCUGACUUUGUCAACCGAAAGGCUACAAGUCGACGAGAGGUAGGACCGGUCCGCAAGAUCAAGGAGUCUCUUCACAAGAGAGCCGGUACUCUUCGACAGGAGGAUUUCUGGGGAUUCGCGUACGAUAAAGAUCCACAGUCAAUAACCAUGACGGAGACAAAGGAACCACAAGCCUCUACCGAGGUGGAACACAAACCUCCAUCUCCAGACGAUAAGCCCUUGCCGCCUCCACCGGUACACGACAAGGAACAGUCUCCAACGGCCGAUGCUUCAGAAAAUAUCACAGAAGCGAGUACCAACAAGGAGAAACCAGCUGAAAGCAACCCCACCCCGCCUCCCAAGAGACAAAGGAAAAAGAUACCAUGGCGUGGCAAAGGAUGCAUUAUUGAACUUCCUAUGUUUGACAAGAGAGGAACAGAAGAGUCUGGAUAUCGCCUCUUGACUGCUGAAGAUGUCCAACGAGGAUUACAACAAUGGGAGGAGCUAGGGUACGACGUUAGCGGCUUCAACGUAGGCGCAACAGAGGAUCCCUCCAACCUUGAGCUCGGGGGUGCCAGUCGCCCACUUUACCCUGAUGUAGCUGACUUGCAAGAUGAGAUAAAACCGGGAAGUUAUACCGUCAGCUUUCCCAACAAAGAGCGUUGGGAUGAUUAUGUCAAUCAACUACAAGAAGAGAAGCUACGGGCCCUGGGCGUGUUUGGAGGCGACGAUGAACCCCAGCCAUCCCCAUCACCUGCUUCGGGAUUGAACACUAUGACUCCAUUCCCUGGCCUCGUCUCAUCCCCACCAAUCCCAACAGCGUCUGCGGCCAGCAAUCCUCUAUCGAUGCACCACCCAUUCUCACCGCAACUCACCCAGGCAGGCAGUAUGAACAGUGGCAUCCCGUCUUUAGCGUCACCUGCUUCACAAUUCGGUAUGCAAACACCAUUCUAUGGUGUGGACCAAGGUAUGGUGCCUGGGUUCCUUCCCUUCCAACCCACUCCUCCAGCACAGGGAUCCCUUACGCCUCAAAGCUUCAUCAACUUGCGUCAAAGCGGUCCGAAUUCGACUAUUCCAGGCACUCUCUCCAGUCUUACUUCUAUGUUGUCACCCGUUUCUCCCUUAACCGACCAAAACGUCUUUCAACCUGGCCUGGGUGAUCACACGGACCAACAAAAGGAUGGGUUCGAUGAUCAUAUAAAUCAUCAAACGCAGGAUAGUUUCCAUGAAGACCAACUCCAUCCGCUUCGCACGCCUCCACCGAACCCGGAUAAUUUCCACGCGUCGACGGUCGAGAUUGCUCAGCCGACUCCUCGUGGCCAUAGCCGCGGUCAUAAUCUUAGUGAAACUCUUCAAAGGGGUAUCGAGCAAGUCACGCCCGAUUAUCACCUGGAGAACUCUAUUGAAAGAGAGCUUGAUGGUGGUGAAUACGACCCGAUCCAACACAACCUUGGCGGGCCGGAUAUGUUGAAAUCCAGGUGGGCAUUGCCAGAGACCGGCGCACCUCAGCAUAUGGCCCAGCACCUGAAUCACUUUUAUGGGGACAGUUAUGACGGAGCGCCUGCUCAUGAGGGCUCAGAUAUCGAUACCAAUCCUAGUUUGUCAGGGACGCCGCGCCGUAAUGGAUCACUCGCCCAGCAUACUCCUUGGCAUGAACCGAAGCCCAGUAAUGGGUCGUAUUCUGGCGGACAUCAUUCAAAACUCUCAACUUCGAGUCUUAACGUUGCGGCCAAGGAGUUCUCGCCGACCGGUCAAGUCGCUCCGCAACCGUUGCCUUUUCCGCAGCAAAACUCCUUCCAAUUCCCGACAUUGGAACACUCCGUGUUUACUUUUGGAGCUGGAUCAAGCCACCAGCCUUCUGGGUCUGGGCGGCUCAAUGUUGCUGCUCCUGCGUUUACUCCUGGUAAUAUUGACACUGGCUUUGGUACCAGCGAGGACAGCGAAACCCGGGAGUUCAAGUUUUCUGCCCCAUCUGCUCCUUCUCUAAAUGUCGCUGCCCCAGAAUUUAGCCCGGGUAGGACCAAGAUCUUUGGUGACAUCGACCUCUCAGGGAUUACCAACUCGGCCAAGAAAUCAAAGGCGAUCCCCAUCGUCCGCCCAGAUGAGAAGGAAGAGGAUAAGGACAACGAAGAGGCGAAGGAGGGUAAGGAUGAUCGUGGUCGGCCAAUUCCUACCGACCGCCAUAAACGUGCUCGUCGGGGCGCCGGUGAUGCCUCUGAUGGCGAGGCUCACUACAGCAUAUCGAAACCCCUGGGCGAAGCCAAUAACCUCCAGUCUUCACAGCCAUCGAACGCUCCUCAUACUCCUGCUGAGGGCAAGGAAAAUGCUCUUCCUGAUCAGGACAGGGAACUUCCUGUGGAAUCGAAAGAGCCCCCGGUCCAAAACGAGAACCCCAUUGAGCGCAAGGAUACCCCUGUGAGCGAAGCCUCCACUUGGGCUCCUGAAGAAACUAAGGCCAAGGACACAAAUGUGACCCAAGAUACAGCCGAGCCAGUUGAGACACAGCGUAAGAGUGUCGAAGUAGGUGUGCAGGAUAAGCCUCAGCCUGAGCUGCCACAGGACAAGCCUGUUCCACAAAACGAGCAGAGCCAGCCAGCUGAGAAAUCUGAGAAGCCUGAGAAUAGUCUCAGAAGAUCUAUCUUUUCGGCUGCCGCUAGAACGUUUAAUUUCAAGCCGUCUAUUGCCGAAUUUGUUCCAUUUGGUGCCGAGCCACCCAAGCCUCCUCCCAAAGACGAGCCGAAGGAGGAAAAACCGAAGGAAGAACAGCCAAAGGAAGAGAAGCCAAAGGGCCUCAUGUCUUCCCGUUACGCUGUUGCCAGCCCUCCACCCUCCCCGCCUGCACGACAAUUAUCCACUGAGCUCACAGCUUCUGCUGAUGUUAGAGUGAAGGAAGAUGCGCCUGAAGAUACUCUACAAGACGUUGAAGAAUCCCAAGCAGACAAAGAGGAGGAGGAUCAAGACUCCCUUGAUGAAGACCAACUCAACGCUAUCAUGGAUCAACUCAACGAUGACUCCGACGUUGGGGUUGAGCGCUUGAGUACUCCCAAGCCUGCGGGUGACCUCCCAGAGCCGGUCCAGGGUCCAUCGAAAGAGAAACGCCAUGUUCAAGCAGACGACAGGAGCGAGCCUCCAAGUCCCAGCCCUGGAAGGGGUCUCAUGCCUCACAAUCUUGAUGUGCCUAAACUCGAUUUCGACGCGCAAUCUCAGUUUUCGGCCACUCCUACGAAGGGUGCCGCUUCCAACAUCCACUCCCCUGUUCGCCAACUAUUGAGCCGAAACGAACAUAUCAGCGACUGGGACGAUGUGAUCUCAUCUGGAGAAGAGGCCAAACUGACAAAUCGAAGCAAGUUCUUUGAUCGUCGUAUCAAUGAGCUCCUAGGCUCUGCUAUCGAGGAACGCCUAAACCCUCUCGAGCAUGCGCUAAGUGGCAUUCAGCAAUCUCUUAUGGCUUUGAGUUCCGCACCUCCCCAGAGCACAUUGCCUUUGCGGAGUACAUCCGCCGAGGUUGACAGUGACGCGGACGAUGAAGAAGAUGGCUACGAAGAGGACGCAUCUUACAGGCCCAGGUCGCCACUUCAUCAGCGGGAGCGUAAGCUCGAGAAGCUUAGGAAUGUUGUUCUAGAAGCUUUGGCCUCCCGCGAAGCCCAGCCUGCUCUCAACCAGCCUGGCAUCGCAGAAUUACUGCAGCUUCGCGACAGUGUCGCCGAGCUACACGCCCUAACGGCGCAAAACCUGUCGCAGGAUACAAGUGCUAGCCUAAGAGAUAUGAUGCAAGAAGUGGUCGCGAGUCAACUCAACCAGCGUUCACGUUCGGACGCCGAAGAGAUCGGGGCCGACAGCCUUAUGCUCCAAAUCAACAGCUUGAAGGAUAUGUUGCGGGGUGCUGAUGAGCGUACCGAGAGCGAAUACAAGAAGCGAAGACAUGCUCAAGACACCAUUGCCCAGCUCCAGCGACUGCUUAAGAAUGUCGAAGAAGAGUCUGCUCGUCAUAGUGCAGCUGCUGAAUCCGCAGAAGCUCGAUUACUGCAAUUUCAGGAAGAGAAAAUGCCUUAUUACCAGAAUAUCCAGCACAGGGCGACUACGCUUGAGAAAGAACGCGAGACUACUCGACUGACACUCGACGAGCUGUCUUCCAAGAACAUCUCACUGCAAGGCACAAUCGAUGAGUACCGAUUGGCAACUGAUAGCGCCAGGCGGGAAACCGAGGAAGCCAAUGCUCGAUUGGAAGAGGUUAGGGCUGAUAACCACAUCCUCCGCAACACGGUGGCCAAUAUGAAGAUGCGCAUCGAGGACGGUCUCAACAUCCGCCAGAACCUCAGCGAAAAGCUCGAUGGUCUUCAGGAUCAGAUGGUGGCUUUGACUGGAGACGUCACCCGAGAGCAGGCCUCUUGGCGACGCAAGGAAGAAGAGCUGCUUGCCAAGUACAGUGAGCUGCGGGCGUCCCAUAACCGUGAGACCAAGUUGCGCGAGCAGCUCGAGCUCGAUGUUGCGAAGCUGGAAGAGCAGGAGCGUGAAGCAUCAAAGCUGAGGUUCAUCUUCGGGCAAUCUCAACAGGAGAACGAAAGGCUCGAAGAGCUCGUGAGUGAGCUGAGGCAGAAGAACCAAGACUUGGAUAUGAAGGCAGCUCACUUCGAGCGCGAGUUCAAUGAAGCCCGUGAGAGCAGCAGAGUUGAGAUUCAGCGUACGCGCACGUCGCUGGAGACGGACCUUGAUGCUUCUAACACUCAGGUAAACAUUGUUCGUGCUGAGCUAGAAGCCCAAAUCGCCCGUCUUCAGACCCAACUCGACAAUGUCAAACUGGACAGCGACACUUCGCGAGAGCGCUAUGAGAUGCUACUCGAGGAGGCACAUGAAACAAGGGCUACAGCGGUAGCCAGUGCUGUUGAGUCCAAGGAAUUUGGUAUGGACGAGCAGCGGAAAUUGCAUGAACGUGUUCUGAAUGACCUCAGAGAGCGUCACGCUCGCGCUCUACACAACUCCUCUGAAGAUAGACAACGGACAGAGAACCAUCUUGCGGAACGGCUGGAGCUCUCUGAUGACAAGGUUAAGCAUCUCCAGGAACGAGUGGUGCACCUUGAAGAGAAGCUGGAAAUCACCCAGUCAGCAGCCCGUGCCGCUGCCGAAGCUGCUCAGUCAGCCAAAUCUGCUGGUCCGAUCACGGCCUCACACUCGAGCUCUCCAUCGAUGCCCUUCAACCAAGGAACGUCAGCACCGGAGAAGAUCUCACCCCAAGCGUUGCGAGAAUCCAUUCUGGUUCUACAGGAUCAAUUGCAGCAGCGUGAAACUCGCAUCGACGAACUUGAAGGCGAACUCUCUGAUGUCGACAAAGAGGCACCUACAAAGGUCAAGGAGAGGGAUACAGAGAUCACUUGGCUGCGUGAACUUCUCGGUGUCCGUCUUGAUGACCUCCAAGAUAUCAUCAACACCCUGGGACAGCCGUCUUUCAAUCAGCACUCUGUGCGCGAUGCCGCUAUUCGGUUGAAGGCAAACCUUCAGAUGCAACAGCAGGAAAAGGAGAGGGCUAUGAACGGCCAGAGCUUCCCAGGCAUGCCCUCUCUAUCUGAACUGACUGCAUCCCCAAGAGCCCUGCCUUUAGCGGCAGCUGCGGCAUGGGGCAACUGGCGUAAAGGAAGACAGAAUUCGAACUCCAAUUCCUCCGAUCAGACACCCUCAAAAUCAAGUCCUGCAGGUGCUUUCCUCUCUGGGCUUCUGACGCCUCCCAACUCGAAUGUACGACAAGCUAGUCCCAACAGCAGUACACCAACAGCCCCUGGUUGGAGACGGUCAUCAGAGAGCCGGCCGCUCAAGAGCUACGACACCACUCCCCGCCCAUUAUCUUCUCGUGGCGCCGGCAAGAUGCGAGAGCCACCGACCACUCCACCACUUCUGCGAGGGUCCAGCUACGACCAUGACGCCGAGCCAGCCGAUUACACGCAGUCUUCCCUUGAAGAAGACGAAAGCACUGCUGAUGGGUUCGUCUCAGCCUCUCCCAAGGAGUUGAUAGACGGCCCCUUCGGCCCACAAAUAGCAUGA